AUGGGCUCCAAACGUGUGGUCGCAGCAGCGACCCGCCUCGUCUCUGGAGCUUGGGACCGUCUGUUGAACGUGUGGUGGGAGAGUGACCAGGAGCGUGGGCGUUUGCUUUGGAACGCUUGUGCGCAGAGCUCCCCGGAUGCUGCAUUGGAGCUGUUGAAAACUUGGUCCCCGUCCCGCGCGCGUGACGCCGCCCGUGCCUUUGCCGCCCAACCAUGCUUUGAUCAGAGAGAGUUUGCCCUGGAUCCGUACCGACUGAUGGGUGCACUGCUGGCGGACAUUGCAGCGGGCCUGCUUUUGGCCGCCGGCGCCAACCCAAACUUGGCCAACGAGGAUCAGCGAACACCUGUGCUGAUUGCUUGCAGUCAAGCCUCGCCGCAGCUGCUUCUCCUUUUGCUGAAGCACAAUGCCGACUUGACCAAAGGAGGCACGCAUCGUUCUGCACAUCUCGGGGCGCUGCGGGCUGUUUACAAAGGUCACUUUCCAUUUGCCUUGGUUCACUCGCGCCUAGCUCCAGCCGUGCAGUUCAGCCCCAGCCGUCUGGGAGUCACGUGUUUAGCUCUCAAGCGCGCUCUCUCCCCCUCGACAGUUCCGCAGUUCCACAGCUACACAGCUCUAUACAAUGUAGCUCUAGACCUCUAUGCUUCUAUAGCUCUAUACCUCCUCUCUAGCUCCAUACCUCCAUACCUCUAUACCUCUAUAACUCUAUACCUCUACCUCUACACCUCUACACCUCUACACCUCUACACCUCUACACCUCUACACCUCUACACCUCUACACCUCUACACCUCUACACCUCUACACCUCUACACCUCUACACCUCUAUACUUCCAUAG